UUGCGAUUCUGUCCCGGCCGAAAUGCGCGCCCUGUGUUUGCUCUCGAUCGCGUUCUGUUGUGCCGCUCGCGGGGCCAGGAAGCCGAUUUCUCUGCCGGGCCAGGGAGAUAUACAGGGUGUGGAGGUGUCUCAGCUGAGGGUGCAGAAGAUCGUGGCCUACUAUGGGAUUCCUUAUGCCCAGCCGCCGUUGGAGAAUCUCAGGUUCGCGCCCCCAGUGACCGACGACCUGCCGAGCUGGAAUGACGUGAAACAGGAGAAGGACUACCCGCCAUCUUGUCUGCAAAUCGUCAACGACUACAAGGAGACCGAGAAGCCGUUCUUGCAGCUCAUCUCGAAGCUGAACUUCACCAUAGCCGAGGACUGCCUCUAUUUGAAUAUUUUCGUGCCUAACGGAGAUGAGCCCAAGCAAGGCUACGCCACAAUAAUAUGGUUCCACCCCGGCAGCUUCGUCAUAGGCUCCCCUUCUAUGUGGAACCCUCACACCCUUGUCUACCGCCAGAGGGUGAUCAUCGUUUCGGUGGCCUAUCGACUCAACAUCAUGGGUUUUUUCACCACCAUGGAUGGAGAAGCUUCAGGUAACUACGGUCUUAUGGACCAGCAGGCUGCGAUGCAGUGGGUGAAGAGGAACAUAAAGCUGUUCGGCGGAAAUCCUGAUAACAUCUGCAUCAUGGGGUAUGGAUCAGGGGCUAUGAGCGUUCAGCUGCACAUGAUCAGUCCCGGAUCCAGGGGACUCUUCAAUAAGGCCAUCGCUAUGAGCGGUGGCGACUAUUUCACCCCCUCCGCCGUGAAAAAACCGAAAGACGACAAAGAAACCCUCGACCGUGUGGCCAACAUCUUCGCUUGCAAUAGAAAACCCACCUCGAAGCUCAUAGCAUGCCUGAGGCACGCCGAGGCAGAGUCCCUAGUGCAAGAAACCUCAGACAUCGAUUGGAAACCGAUUUUAGACGCUGCCAUCACCAACAGCAGCACUCCUUUUCUGUCAGAACUCUCCAUCAAUUUUUUUGAGAACGGCGAUUUUGAGAAAGUUCCUUUGUUGACCGGUUACACCCACAUGGAGCAAGUUCUGGAGCUGGACAGCUUGAAGAAUUUGACUUCAACCUCUAAUGAGUACUUGCAGAUGUUGCUGAGCGACCUAGUCAGCAGCGACAUACCCAACGUGAACAACACCGAUUCUUCUUCUUGCGUUUACAACUACCAACACAUCAACGAUGCCGUGAUGUUCUUCUACGGACCACCGCAACCAAUCAAAGACGUUGACAGCUUGAGGGACAUCGUCACUGAUUUCAUGACUGACAGGAACUUCGCCGCUGCCACUUUCCUGCUGGCUUCCUUCCUCAGCAAAGAGCAGCCUACUUACGUUUACAGGUUCGAUAUCAAGCCUAGUACGGCAGCUGCUACUAGCCACUUGCCUGAGUGGGUUAGCGUGCCUCAUCUCUUCGAUUUGAUUUACGUUUGGGGAGUGCCUUAUUGGUCCACGGGGCAAGAGUGGGACAUAAGGGACAAGCGGAUUUCGGAUACUAUCAUGUCGUUUUGGACAAACUUCGCUAAAACGUCGAAUCCGACGGAGAAUAGCAUUUAUCCGGUCACGUGGGAACGGUUUAGCCGAGACAGUCCGGGGAUUUUGAUCAUCGAUGGCACCUUCAACAUGAGCAAUUCCAGGAAUUUGAAUUACAAGGCGUUCGAGUUUUGGAAUGAUUACUACCCUAAGGUGAGGGCUGUCGCUACCCAGUGUUGUGAACCUAUCGACAGUUCGUCCGGAAUGAUACUCCAUAGCUUCUUAUUGACGUGUCUUUUUCAGAUCGUACUACGAAAUAUAUUUUAACUGAAUAAUCUUAUUAUGAAGAAUUUAUUGUAAGUCUACCAGAAUGUAUUUUUAUCAUACCUAAUGCCUGUAAUUACAUACAUUUGCAAUACAUUUUGAUGAAUA